AUGAAUAGAAAAUAUUUUAAUAGAGGAAAUGCAUUUUUUUCAAGAAAUAAAAGAAAAUUAGGGAAUAAAUUCGAAGAUAGAAUAUUUGGAAAUUCUAAUGAACAUGACUUUUAUCUAAGAAAAACUAAAAACAAUAAUUUUAGAAAAAGAAGAAACUCAUUUAGAAGUAAUAGAAGAAGAAAUUUUUUUUAUAAAAGAAAUCAAAAUUUACAUGAUAAAAUAGGAAAAUUAACUUCAAAAGAUUUGGAUGAUGAAUUAGACAAAUAUAUGGGAUCCACUAAUGUAAAAACUAGAUUGGAUAAUGAUUUAGAUUCAUACUUCAAAAACAAUGCAUUAACACAAGUGGAUGUUAAUAAAGGAUUUAAUAAAGUACCUGAGUAG